GCGACUGAGGAUGACUGGUGAGUGAGUGUAGUGGCGACCAUUGUGGUGCUGACGGCGUAGUUUGCCCCUUCAUCCUGCCUUCCUGUCUCCUCAGUCGUCAUACAACUGCACCACACAACACACAACUUUCACUGGUUAACAACAUACUACCAAGGAUUAUGGCUGCCAGAGGGCCAGGCUACCCCACUCCCUUAUUAGCCAUGAAGGAGGGUGCCAGGGAGGCACUAGUGUGGGUGCCCUGCAUCAGAACCAACACUGGCAAGCCAGACUACCUGGCCACUGUGGACGUUGACCCUCGCUCACCUGACUACUGCAAGGUGAUUCAUCGAUUGUACUUACCAUAUCUUGACGAUGAAAUUCAUCACUCCGGCUACAACACAUGUUCUUCAUGCUAUGAUGAUCCAAGCUGUGUACGUAACAAGUUGAUCCUGCCGGCUCUUGGGUCAUCAAGAGUUUAUGUUGUAGACAUUACUGACCAACGUAAACCCAAACUCUUCAAGGUGAUAGAGCCGGAGGUGCUGAAGAGUGCGGGUGUCAGCCAUCCCCACACCUCUCACUGCUUGCCUAACGGCAAGGUCAUGAUAUCUACCAUGGGUGACGCACAGGGCAAAGCCAAAGGUUCUUUCAUUACUUUUGACUCUGUCACCUUUGAACAUACAGGCCCGUGGACAAGGAUGGACUCAGAGUUUGGGUACGACUACUGGUACCAGCCAGCACGUGAUGUUCUUAUCUCCAGUGAGUGGGGCUGUCCCACCGCUUACUUCAAAGGAUUUAACCCCAAGGAUGUCGAGUCUGGAAAGUAUGGUACCCACCUGAACGUGUACUCGUGGUCUGAUCAACGUCUUCUGCAGCGCAUUGACCUGGGCAUCGAGGGCAUCAUGCCCCUGGAAAUUCGUUUUCUUCACAAUCCCCUUGACUCAGGCUUUGUGGGUUGUGCCUUAUAUGCUAAUGUAUUUAGAUUUUACCAAAAGGAUGAUGGAAGUUAUGCAGCCGAGAAGGUGAUCAGUAUUCCACCCAAGAAGGUUGAGGGAUGGACUUUGUCUGAGAUGCCAGGCGUUAUGACCGACAUCCUGAUAUCCUUGGAUGACCGGUUCCUAUACUUCAGCAACUGGGCCCAUGGAGAUGUUCGCCAGUAUGACAUCAGUGAUCCCGAACAUCCUAAGAUGGUGGGACAAAUUUUCUUGGGCGGCUCUAUUGUUAAGGGCGGCCCUGUGAAGGUCAUCCAUGAUACAGAACUGACUGAGCAGCCAGAUCCUGUGUAUGUUAAAGGCAAGAUGCUUGAAGGAAGUCCUCAGAUGAUACAGUUAUCACUGGAUGGCAAACGUCUCUAUGUAACGGAUUCACUGUUUUCUCCUUGGGACAAGCAGUUCUAUCCUAUGGUAGCUAAAAAUGGAUCUGUCAUGCUGCAGAUUGAUGUUAACACAGAAACGGGCGGCCUCACUCUCAACCACAACUUCCUGGUGGACUUUGGAAAAGAACCUGAUGGGCCGGCACUAGCUCAUGAGAUCAGGUACCCAGGUGGUGACUGCUCAUCAGAUAUAUGGCUACCAGUGGGCUACACUGAGUGUCAUCACAAUAACCAAGCCAAAAACGAAGUCACCCCACCUGCCAAGAUAUGAAUGACUAGUGUGAUAUAACUAGUCUCUCCUGCUACACACAGGUCCUCUAUAGUAACUAUACAGGUCCUCUAUAUACCUAUACAGGUCCAGUAUAGUAAAUAUACAGGUCGUCUAUAUACUUAUACAGGUCCAGUAUAGUAACUAUACAGGUCCAGUAUAGUAACUAUACAGGUCCACUAUAGUAACUACACUGUACAUGUAACAGAUCAUUGUACUUUAAUAAUGUUAACCUUAGUCAUUGUGGUAGUCUACAAGCCUCCGGAUGCAACAUCCCAGCAAUUCCAGGAACAGCUGUUAAAAAUUGACCACUGUCUGGAAAAUCUUCCAGCUCCUGCACCCAACAUCUUGCUCCUGGGGGAUUUCAACUUAAGGCACCUAAAAUGGAGGAAUAUAGCAAAUAAUAUUGUUGCAGAAAUAACACCAGGAGGCAGCUCUGAUGAAAACUCACACUCACA